ACUAUAGCAACAAAAGAGCGGCCAUAUUGGAUCAGUGGAUGUUACAAAACAAUCACUGAGAAAGAAACCCCAAAACAGCAAAACAUGGGUAAAACAUACCGUUAACAGUAAAUUUUCUCAAUUUGCAGUAGUUUUCACGUUUUGUGAAAACCUUUAAAUUGUUGAAAAGAGUCAUUAACUUGCAUUAAGAUGUCGGUUGAUAAAGACAGAAGGCUUAUAUCAACGUCAGCAGGGCGGGUGACCAAACUUCCACCAAUCGGUGCCCCCACAUCAUCUGGUAGCAAUAAACUGGAAAAUAGCUACCUACGUGCCUACAGACGAAGUGACCAGAUGCAAGGACUACUAGCAAACAUACUAUAUGAUAAAGCUGAGAAGUCUCUAGAUGACACUGUUGAAGGUCUGAAGAGACGGCCGAUCUCUGCUGGAGAGCCAGAAAUUCCUCCACAGAUGAUGAGUAGAGAGAGGAAGAUCAGGUUAAACUACCAGUUUAUGAAGAAGUGUGUUCAGGAGGGGCCAGUGACGCCGAUGGCUCAAGAACAGUGGGAUACCAUUUUGACAAUGAUCCCAGCCAGGUUGGUACAGUCACCACAGCUUCAGCCCUACAUCAGAGAGCUCUAUGCUGAGGUUAAGCAAGAGUAUGAAGCAAGCAUCAAGAAAUCUAUGGUGCAACACAUCUUGGUGAAGCCCAAAGUGAAGGGUGUUGAAGGCGACGAAGAUCUCCCCGAAGAAAUAGUUGGACUAGAUUUUUCCAGCCCUUGGCGUGAGAGCUUUAAUGCUGCUCGAGAAUCUCUGGGAUUCAACCUGCAUAUCCUUCAUCCCUCGAUGCAGACAAUUCUCAAUAUUUGUCAGAGCAAGAACUAUGCAACCAUGCUUAUCACUGAUCAGUCAAACCUAAGGUCUCAUGGGCCUGUCGAAUGUGAACACUUGAAGAACAAUGUGACACUGGACUGCGAAAAGACAGAGGAAAAGCUAAUGCACAGCUGGUUUCCAGAGAUUGUAAAUGUCUUCAUUGAUAAAAACAUGCUGAAGCAUAUCAAUGCAGCUCAGACUGACUCCUUUUACAGCAGUGUGUCAACCUUAAUCUCUAAUCAGCUCAAAAAUAUCAUCACAAGAACAAUUGAGGCAUGGGAAAGUCUGUUUAAAGAGAGCAACAGGAAUAAGCUUCCUAUGUUCAAGAUGGAAUUGAUUUUGGAUGAUGAUGAUAACAUGCAGUUCUAUCCCGCACUGGGCGAUGUGGAGGAUGCAGUCUUACAUGUAGUUGACACAGUUGCUGGAACAAUGCAGAAUGUGCCAACUGUUCAGUCCUGGUUGGCGGGAGGAAACACCCUCAACUCUGUAGAUGUUGCAGUAGAUGAUGCUGUUCUUCAGAGAUGUAAAAAGUUCCUGGUACAAGCUGUGAAGGAGAAUCUGGAGCAGCCUAUUGAAUACCUUCACUCUUUUGAUAAAUACAGUAAUCUGGUGUCUGGUGAUGCCACCAGAGAGACCCAGCAGUUCAUGGAUGGAGAGCAUUCAUUUGAGGAAUACACUCAGGAGAUUGAUCGCUUCCGUGCCCUUGCACGUGAGAUCAACAGUCUUCCAAAUGUGGCAUACUUUGAUAUGGUUCAACUUGACUGUGAUGACUUGAAGAGGGGGCUUGCUAACAAGGCCAAUAAGUUUGCAGACCAGCUGUUGAAUAAACUGGCUGAAGAGCAUCGCUCAGAGAAUCAGAGGAUCAUCUCAGAAUUUGAGUCAAUCAAGGAGAAGGCUUUAACGAAGCCAGAAGAUACAAAAGAGAUGAUAGAUCUUCAGAAGUUUAUUGAGGAAGCGAAAAGCAAGGGACUCAUCAAGCUUAACAAAGAUAUUAAGGAGUCAUUUGAAAGGCUUUCCUAUCUUCUGGAUGUCUUUACUUUCACAUCAGCUGACAUGGAGGUGAACUCUGUUGUACUGAACUGGCCCAAGAAAAUCGAUCCUAUCUUUGACCAGAAUGAUGAGAUUGUUGCUGCAUCACAGAAGUCAAACGAAAGUGCUCUGUUGGAGAAGCGUGAGAAAGUGAUGCUGGAACUUGACAAACUGAAGCGGCGCAUAGAGGAGUUCAGAGAAUGUGGUGAUCUCGAUAUGAUGGUACAGUACGUGAAAGAUGUAGGUUCAGUCCAGAAGAAGCUUGGCGAGUGCACUGAAACCAUUGGAUAUAUCAACGAGGAAGAAGACUUGUUCAAGUGGGAGCGGACUGAGUACCCUGAGGUCGAGUCCAUCACCAAGGCCAUCGAGCCCUAUCAGAAACUCUUCACCACUGUCAUGAAAUGGCAGAGAGCUGAGAAGAAGUGUAUGGAUGGAGCCUUCCUUGAACUCAAUGCGGAGGCGAUAGAGGCCGAGGUUGAAGAGUUUGGUCGCGAGAUGUACAAGAACAACAAGUACUUCCAGAUGAUCCGCAAAGAGAGGGAGAAAGAAAAGAAGGCAAGCCGACGCGUCAAAGAUACCAAGAAGGAAGAAGAGACAGAGGAAGAGUUAGCAGCCAUCAAGGUCUGCCAUGUGGUGCACGACCAGAUCAAAGACUUCAAGGAACACAUCCCACUCAUCGCCAUCAUGUGUAACCCUGGUAUCAGACCCCGUCACUGGAAAGCCAUGUCUGAGAUUGUUGGCUUUGAUGUAACGCCCGACUCAGGGUCCACCCUACGAAAAGUGCUCAAGCUUAACCUGACACCUUAUCUGAAUGAGCUAGAAGGUAUCAGUGGAGGUGCCAGUAAGGAAUUCUCACUUGAGCGCGCGAUGCAGCGCAUGGUUGAUGACUGGGAGCAGAUCAUCUUCAACACCACCAAGUACCGUGAUACUGGUGUGUCCAUCUUGGCGGCGACAGACGAGAUCCAAACAACCCUGGACGACCAGAUCGUCAAGACACAGACCAUGCGUGGGUCCCCGUUUAUCAAGCCAUUCCAGGAAGAGAUCAAGGCAUGGGAGGAGCGCUUGCUGAAGAUGCAAGAGAUCAUCGAUGAGUGGCUCAAGGUCCAAGCUCAGUGGCUUUACCUCGAACCCAUCUUCAGCUCUGAGGACAUCAUGCAGCAGAUGCCUGAGGAAGGCCGCAAGUUUAAGACUGUUGACCGCAACUGGAAAGACAUCAUGGCCUUCGUCACCAAGGACCCUAAGGUUCUGCACGCCACUUCAAUGCCUAUGAUGUAUGAGCGGCUUAAGGACAGUAACGAUCUCCUGGAUCAGAUCAAUAAGGGCCUCAAUGCUUACCUAGAAAAGAAAAGGCUGUUUUUCUCAAGGUUCUUUUUCUUGUCCAAUGACGAAAUGCUUGAGAUCCUGUCGGAGACUAAAGAUCCCUACCGCGUUCAGCCCCAUCUCAAGAAGUGCUUUGAGGGUAUUGCCAAGCUGGAGUUCACUCCCUCGCUUGAUAUCACAGCCAUGUUCAGCAGUGAAGGAGAGAAAGUUCCCCUGUCUGACACGAUCUCGACAUCAGAGGCUCGAGGUGCAGUCGAGAAAUGGCUUCUGCAGGUGCAAGACCUAAUGAUCACAAGCAUCCGAGACAUCAUAGAGAAAUCAGUCCAGGCUUACGCGAACACAGACCGCAAAGACUGGGUGCUAAGUUGGCCUGGACAGAUUGUUAUCUGCGUGAGUCAGAUCUAUUGGACGCAGGAAGUCCAUGAGGCUAUUCGCGCAGGUCCUGGGGGACUGAAAGCCUAUCAUGAGACUUUAACCAAACAGCUUGAAGACAUUGUGAUUUUGGUUCGUGGGAAGCUGCCGAAGCAGAACCGUGUCACGCUCGGAGCGCUUGUCACUAUCGAUGUCCAUGCGAGGGAUGUCGUUCAUGAAAUCGCAGAAAUAGGGGUUUCCCAGGAAAAUGAUUUCAAGUGGUUGUGCCAGCUGCGUUACUACUGGGAGCAGGAUUGCAUGGUCCGCAUCAUCAAUGCCAGCGUCAAGUACGGAUGCGAGUAUCUAGGCAACUCAGGACGGCUUGUCAUCACCCCCCUGACAGAUCGAUGCUACCGUACGCUCAUGAGUGCUUUCCACCUCAAUCUGGGUGGUGCACCAGAAGGGCCAGCAGGAACAGGCAAGACAGAAACAACCAAGGACUUGGCAAAGGCGCUUGCUAUUCAAUGCGUUGUUUUUAACUGCUCGGAUGGCCUAGACUACCUUCAAAUGGGCAAGUUUUUCAAAGGUCUGGCUUCUUGCGGGGCAUGGGCGUGCUUUGACGAGUUUAAUCGUAUUGAGCUGGAAGUGCUUUCUGUCGUUGCUCAACAGAUCCUGUGCAUCCAACGAGCCAUCGCCGCGCAUCAAGACAGAUUCAUAUUUGAGGGAACUGAUCUAAACCUGAACCCGAACUGUUACGUGGCUAUAACAAUGAAUCCGGGCUACGCUGGUCGCUCCGAACUUCCUGAUAACCUAAAGGUGUUGUUCCGUACUGUAGCUAUGAUGGUUCCUGACUACGCCCUCAUUGGUGAAAUAAUGUUGUACUCGUACGGUUUCGUGGAUGCUCGUAACCUGUCUGUGAAGAUCGUUACAACCUAUACCCUUUGCUCAGAGCAGCUCUCGUCUCAGUUCCACUACGACUACGGCAUGCGUGCCGUGAAGGCUGUGCUUGCCGCCGCUGGAAACCUCAAACUCAAAUACCCAAACAACGACGAGAACGUCCUCCUCCUCCGAUCCAUCAUGGACGUGAACCUGCCCAAGUUCUUGUCUCACGACAUCCCCCUGUUUGAGGGGAUCAUCUCUGACCUGUUCCCAGGCAUCAAGCUGCCCAAAGCAGACUAUGACACUUUUUUGGAUACAGUACAGGAGGUCUGUGCCAAGAAAAACAUCCAGUUCGUGGACUUUUUCCGUGAAAAGAUCAUUCAAACAUAUGAGAUGAUGGUUGUCCGUCACGGGUUUAUGAUGGUGGGUGACCCAUUCUCGGGUAAGACGAGCGUGCUUAAGGUUCUAGCAGAAGCCAUGACGCUUCUCCAUGAGCGUGGCUAUGAGGACGAGACCAUCAACAAGGUGUGGUACCGGAUCAUUAACCCCAAGUCCAUCACAAUGGGACAGCUUUUUGGCCAGUUUGAUCCAGUUUCGCAUGAGUGGACAGAUGGUAUCGUAGCAAACACCUUCCGUGAGUACGCGGCAGACCAGACGGAAAUCCGCAAGUGGGUCAUCUUUGACGGUCCCAUCGAUACACUAUGGAUCGAAAGCAUGAAUACAGUACUAGACGAUAACAAAAAGUUGUGCUUGAUGAGCGGCGAGAUCAUCCAACUCUCUAACGUGAUGAGCCUGAUUUUCGAGUGCAGGGACCUAUCUCAAGCCUCGCCCGCCACCGUAAGCCGAUGUGGUAUGAUCUAUUUGGAGCCUUCCUCCUUGGGGUGGGACCCAGUUCUUCAAUCUUGGCUCGGUGAACUACCCGAAGUCCUCAAGGAGCAUGACAAGUUGAUUGACGCAUUAUUCAAGUGGGCGUUGCCUGCAUGCUUGACCUUCGUGCGCAAGAGCUGUAAGGAAGCAGUCCACUGUUCUGACAGCAAUCUGGCUCGUUCGCUGAUGAACCUGGUGGAGAUAAUGCUAAAGGAAGCAUCAGAAGAGGGCGCAGACAUCAAACAUCUCAAGAUUUGGGUGGUGUCCUCUUUCCUGUUCUCGGUUGUAUGGUCUGUCGGCGCGUGCGUAGAUACUGAAAGCCGUGCGAAGUUUGAUGUGUUCUUCAAGGAUUUGAUGGGAGGCAAGCUCGACGACCACCCCAUACCAACCUUGGUGGGCAAGAUUGAGUCCCCCAUCCCGCCUGAGGGAAUGGUUUAUGACUAUUUGUUUGAGCGCAAGAACCGAGGAAAUUGGCUACAGUGGACGAAGCUGAUCAAGUCUACAUCUCUCGGCGGCAAAGGCACGCGCAUUAACGACAUCAUCGUCCCGACCAUGGACACAGCGCGAUACUCUUACCUCAUGGACUUAAUGAUUCACAACAACAAGCCGCUACUGUUCGUAGGUCCCACGGGCACUGGCAAGUCCGCCUACGUUAAAGAUAAACUCAUGAAUGGUUUACCAAAGGACUUGUACCUGCCAGCGUUUGUUAACUUCUCUGCGCAGACCAGUGCCAACCAGACUCAGGAUAUUAUUAUGUCGAAGCUGGAUAAGAGAAGGAAGGGCGUGUUUGGUCCUCCCGUGGGCAAGAGGUUUGUCAUCUUUGUUGAUGAUGUCAACAUGCCUGCUCUUGAAAAGUAUGGUGCCCAGCCUCCCAUUGAGCUACUCCGCCAGUACCUUGACCACAGGAACUGGUACGACCGGAAGGACACUACCAAGAUAUCUCUGAUUGAUCUGCAGUUUAUAUGCGCGAUGGGACCCCCAGGGGGCGGGAGGAACCCUGUCUCCCCGCGCUUCUUACGUCACUUUAACGUGGUCUCUGUAGCGACAUUCAAUGAUGAGACCAUGCAGAGGAUCUUCUCCAGUAUUGUGCAGUUCUACUUUAGGAAUAACGAUUUCCCUACGGACGCUCUUUGCGCAGGAAACCAAGUCGUCUCGGCUACGAUGGAGAUUUACAAGGAGGCGAUGAUCAACCUGCUGCCCACGCCUGCCAAGUCACACUACACCUUCAACUUGCGUGACUUCUCUCGGGUCGUGCUCGGGGUACUGCUCAUUAAGAAGGAUGCGUUGGCGGACAAGAAAACAAUCACCAGGUUGUGGGUUCAUGAGGUGUAUCGUGUCUUCUACGAUCGUCUGGUGGACGAUAAAGACAGAGACUGGCUUCACACUCUACUGAAGAAAGUAACCAAAGAACACUUCAAAGACGAUUUCGAUGGCCUCUUUAAACACCUGUCAUCGAGUGGAAAAGUGGCCUCCGAAGAUGACAUGAGAAGUCUGAUGUUCUGCGAUUUUUUGAAUCCAGAUGCUAUGGCAGAGGACAGGCUGUAUCAGGAAGUAACUGAGAUCGACGAGCUGUACAAGAUAGUGGAAGCAUGCCUGGACGAGUAUAAUCAGACGCACAAGACAGGCAUGAACCUCGUAGUCUUCAGGUACGUCCUGGAACACUUGGUGCGUAUCAGCCGUGUUCUGAAGCAGCCUGGAGGCAACGCCCUUCUCGUGGGUGUAGGAGGUAGCGGGCGGCAAUCACUAUCCAGGCUUGCUGCUGACAUAGCCGGCUUUGCUGUCUUCCAGCCUGAGAUAUCUAAGAGUUAUGGAAUGACAGAGUGGCGAGAAGAUGUCAAGACGCUGCUGAAGAGUGCAGGCUGUCAGAUGAAACCCACCAUCUUCCUGCUGACCGACACGCAGAUCAAAGAGGAGUCUUUCCUGGAAGACGUGGACAGCUUGCUCAACACCGGGGAAGUGCCCAACUUGUUCCCUACAGACGAAAAGGCUGAGAUCAUUGAGGCCGUCCGGCCCCACGCCCAAGCUCAAGCUGAAGAUAAGAACGCUGAGUUUUCUCCGUUGGCGCUGUUCAACUUCUUUGUGAACUCUUGCAAAGAGAAGCUUCACAUCAUGUUGUGUAUGAGUCCUAUUGGCGACGCUUUCCGGAACAGGUUGAGGCAGUUCCCUGCUCUCAUUAACUGCUGUACCAUCGACUGGUUCCAGCCCUGGCCAGAAGAUGCCUUGGAAAUGGUGGCUAAUAAGUUUUUGGAGGAUGCGGUUCUGACAGACAAUGAGAGGAAAGAAAUCGUCACACUUUGCAAAUAUUUCCACACCAGCUCAAGGAAUCUAUCAGAAAAAUAUCUCGAAGUUCUUGGUCGACAUAAUUACGUCACACCAACCUCAUACCUUGAACUCAUCUCGUCGUUCAAGACAUUGCUAGGACGUAAACAAGAUGAGGUGUUGAGAAGUAAACGACGUUACGAAGUUGGUCUAGAAAAACUCGCGUUUGCUGCGUCCCAGGUGGCCAAGAUGCAGGUAGAGCUGGAGGAACUGCAACCUCAGCUCGUUGUGGCUGCUGCAGAAAACGACAAGAUGAUGAUCAUUAUCGAGAAAGAGUCCAAGGAAGUCGAAGCCACCAGUGAGCUGGUCCGUAAAGAUGAGGCGGCGGCCAAUAUUCAAGCAGCAGAAGCACAAGCACUGAAAGACGAGUGUGAAGCAGAUCUUGCCGAGGCGAUACCAGCCCUGGAAGCGGCCAUGUCGGCACUGAACACCCUGAAGCCUGCAGACAUCACGAUCGUGAAGUCAAUGGCUAAUCCUCCUGCCGGUGUUAAGCUCGUCAUGUCCGCCGUAUGUGUCAUGAAGGAUAUCAAGCCUGAAAAGGUGAACGAUCCAGGUGGCACGGGCAAGAAGAUACUGGACUUCUGGGGACCAUCCAAGAAACUGCUCGGAGACAUGACUUUCCUGACCAGCCUCAAGGAAUAUGACCGAGACAACAUCAGUCCCCAUAUCAUGGCUAAGAUCCGUAAAGAGUACAUCCCUAACCCUGACUUCGACCCAAGCAAAGUCAAGACCGCAUCGUCCGCGGCAGAGGGCUUGUGCAAAUGGGUGAUCGCCAUGGAAAUAUACGAUCGUGUGGCAAAGGUUGUUGCUCCGAAGAAGGAAAGUCUUGCUAAGGCAGAAGCGUCUCUUGCCGAGACCAUGUCUCUGCUGAACGCCAAGCGCAGGGAGUUGGCCGAGGUGGAGGCCAAGCUGGCUGCUCUCAAGUCACAGUUCCAGGAGAUGACAGAAAAAAAGGAGAACCUCGAGUUCCAGGUGGAUUUAUGCUCCAAAAAACUUGUUCGUGCCGAGAAGCUGAUUGGAGGUCUAGGCGGAGAGAAAGAUCGGUGGUCGCUAGCGGCUAAGACUCUACAAGACACGUUUGAUAACCUGACUGGAGACGUGCUGAUCUCGUCUGGAGUUAUUGCGUACCUCGGUGCCUUUACCGCUGGGUUCAGGAAGGAGUGUACCCACGAGUGGACCAAGAUUUGCCAAUCCAAAAACAUCCCAUGCUCAGACGACUUCCUGCUCAGCAAGACGCUCGGUGAAGCGAUCAAGAUCCGUGCGUGGAACAUCGCGGGGCUGCCCACGGACUCCUUUUCUAUUGAUAACGGUGUUAUAGUGGACUGUGCACGGCGCUGGCCACUGAUGAUCGAUCCGCAAGGCCAAGCCAACAAAUGGAUCAAGAACUCUGAAAAAGAAAAUCAACUUUCUGUUAUCAAGCUGACAGAUGGUGACUACAUAAGGACCCUGGAGAACAGCAUCCAGUUUGGUAACCCUGUGUUGCUAGAGAAUGUUGGAGAGGAGCUGGACCCAUCCUUGGAGCCUUUGCUCCUCAAGCAGACAUUCAAACAAGGUGGAGUCGUCUGCAUUCGUCUUGGUGAAUCAGUGAUCGAGUAUUCCAGCGACUUUCGGUUCUACAUCACGACCAAGCUCCGUAAUCCCCACUAUUUACCCGAACUCUCAACCAAGGUCACGCUACUCAACUUCAUGAUCACGCCCGAAGGACUGCAAGACCAGCUACUUGGAAUCGUGGUCGCUAAAGAGAGACCUGAUCUUGAAGAAGAGCGCCAAGCUCUGAUCUUACAGAGCGCAGCAAACAAGAAGCAGCUAAAGGAGAUCGAAGAUAAGAUCCUGGAGACUCUGAGCUCGUCGGAGGGGAACAUUCUAGAGGAUGAGACAGCUAUCCAAAUCCUUGACUCAUCGAAGGUCUUGUCAGACGAAAUUUCCAAGAAGCAAAAAAUUGCGGACGAGACCGAGGCAAAGAUCAACGAGUCCAGGCGAGGUUACAACCCCAUUGCUGCGCACGCAUCAGUGCUGUUCUUCUCCAUCACCGAUCUGCCCAACAUCGACCCCAUGUACCAGUAUUCCCUCACUUGGUUCGUCAACCUCUUCCUCAACUCCAUUCACGACAGUAACAAGUCCAAGAUUCUGGAGCGCCGUCUGCGCUACCUGAGUGACCACUUUACGUAUAACCUGUACUGCAACGUGUGUCGUUCAUUGUUUGAGAAGGACAAGUUACUCUUUUCGUUCGUGCUCUGUGCGAACAUUCUCAAGUCCAAGUCUGAGCUGGACAUGACAGAGUUUAUGUUCUUCCUGACCGGUGGUAUUGGCCUCGAAAAUAAGUUGGAAAACCCCGAUCCGUCAUGGCUUUCUGAUCGUUCCUGGGAUGAGAUCUGCCGCAUGUGCGAUCUGUCCGGCUUCAAGGACUUCAGGAAAAGCUUCUCUAAUACCACGCAUGAGUGGCGGAAGAUCUACGAUAGCAAAGAGCCACAUCGCGCUCCCCUGCCGUCACCCUGGUCUGAACAACUGACGGACUUUCAAAAGAUGAUUGUCAUUAGGUGUCUUAGACCAGACAAGGUGGUGCCGCUUGUGACAAAUUUCGUUGAGGACAAACUUGGCAAGAAGUUUAUUCAGCCGCCGCCAUUUGACCUGGCCAAGAGUUACGUGGACAGUAAUGCGUGUGCGCCUCUGCUCUUCAUACUCUCCCCGGGCGCAGAUCCCAUGGCAGGUCUGAUGAAGUUUGCUGAUGAUAAAGGAUUUAGCGGAGACAAGUUCAAUGCAAUAUCGCUAGGUCAAGGCCAGGGCCCUGUGGCAGCUAGACUUAUUCAGGAGGCUGUUCAGAAUGGUUCGUGGGUCGUACUUCAGAAUUGCCAUCUGGCUGUGUCGUGGAUGACAGCGCUCGAGAAGAUCUGUGAAGACCUGAACCCAGAGACCACACACACGGACUUCCGACUCUGGCUCACCAGCUACCCAUCAAAUAAGUUCCCUGUGACUGUGCUUCAAAACGGCGUGAAGAUGACGAACGAGCCGCCGACAGGACUUCGACAGAACUUGCUGCAGUCAUACAUCACUGAUCCUAUCUCCGACCCAGAGUUCUUCAAUGGCUGCGGCGAGAAAGCCCCGGUCUGGGAGAAGCUCCUGUUUGGCCUGUGCUUCUUCCACGCCCUCGUACAAGAGCGCCGCAAGUUUGGUCCACUUGGGUGGAACAUCCCUUACGGCUUCAACGAGUCUGACCUGAGAAUCAGUGUCAGGCAGCUUCAGAUGUUCAUCAACGAGUACGAGGAGACUCCCUAUGAUGCUGUAACGUACCUGACUGGCGCGUGUAACUAUGGUGGGAGGGUCACGGAUGAUAACGACAGACGGUGUUUGAUGAGCAUCCUAGCGGAUUUCUUCAACCCCGACAUCGUGCAUGACUCCAAGUACAAGUUCUCGCUGAGCGGUAACUAUUACGCGCCGCCUAAGUCCACAUAUGACGAGUACGUCGAGUUCAUCCAGGAACUACCUCAGUCCCAGUCCCCCGAAGUGUUUGGUAUGCACGAUAAUGUAGAUAUCUCCAAGGAACUGCAAGAAACACGAGAGCUGUUUGACUCAGUGCUCCUCACACAAGCUCAAGGCGCCGGUGGCGGUGGCGGGAAAAAAAGCGAAGACACACUUCUCGAGAUCGCCACGGACAUCUUAUCCAAGCUGCCGAAAAACUUCGACUUGGAGGCAGCGCUGGCAAAAUAUCCUGUGACGUACGAGGAGAGCAUGAAUACUGUACUGGUACAAGAGAUGGAGCGAUUCAACAAGUUGAUGGACAUAAUCAGAUCCAGUCUGCAAAAUCUACAGAAAGCCAUCAAGGGCUUGGUGGUAAUGAACGGCGAGCUAGAGGCACUGGCAGGAAGCCUGCUUGUCGGCAAGUCCCCCGAGAUGUGGAUGAAGCGGUCCUACCCUAGUCUCAAACCUCUGGGCAGCUAUAUCACCGACUUUCUGGCCAGGCUGAAAUUCCUUCAGGAUUGGUAUGAUAAGGGAAAGCCUGUGGUUUUUUGGGUCUCGGGAUUCUACUUUACUCAGGCCUUCUUGACGGGUGCAAAGCAGAACUACGCGCGUAAAUACACCAUACCAAUCGACCUGCUAGGAUUCGAGUUUGAUGUCCUCAGCAAGGAUACCGCUGACAGCCCACCUGAUGACGGCGUCUACAUCCAUGGACUGUUCCUUGAAGGUGCCCGAUGGGACCGCAAGAGGGGUGUUAUUGGUGAAUCUUUACCCAAAAUUCUCCAUGACGUGAUGCCUGUUAUUCAUGUGAAACCAGGGAAAAUGUCCGAAUUCAAGAUCGAAUCAUCAUACAAGUGCCCCGUGUACAAGACAAGCGAGAGGAGGGGGACACUCUCCACCACGGGCCACUCUACAAACUACGUGAUGCCCAUCCAGAUUCCCACAGACAAACCCGAAAACCACUGGGUCAAGCGCGGCGUCGCCAUGCUUUGCCAGUUAGAUGAUUAGGCUUCCUAAUAUGGUAGCGCAAUGGACCUAUAUCAUAUCCACAUAAGUUCUCCUAAAUUAUUUUUUCAAAGACGUUGUUUUUGUAUUUUAUUCAUCCGUUUUAUCUUGGCACUAUAGAAUUCUACAAUUUACAAACAGAAGCAAAAGAAGUGUAUAUAGGGUUUUUACUUAAAAGUGUUUAUAUAUAGGUUUACUGAAAUACGUUAAUAAUAAUUUCAAACGUGUACUUUCAAAUGUGUGAAUAUGGAUAAUAAAUACUCGAUCGUUUA